CUGUUUCAGAGUAGGUCAGAUUCACAGGUGAAACUUGGAGUCAACGAGAUACCGAACCCACUCUUGCAGGCGCGAAAUGCGCGCAACAACGGAAGCGGUCAGAUUCUGAGACUCAGUGGAACGAAUCGCGGUGUCGGUGAGGGUAGGGUCGAAGUGGAAUACGGUGGAAAGUGGGGACUGGUGUGCAAAGAUGACUUCGACAUGAAGGAUGCCAACGUCAUCUGCCGUCAGCUCGGAUUCGAGAGAGGUGCCACCGCAAUCACACCGGGUAGUCGAUACGGACCAGCACGUAAUGAACAUUUCAAUUUGCACAAUUUGAACUGUGAAGGUGAAGAGACGAACGUGUUCUACUGUCGCCGCAGUUUGCAUGGAGCUUGUCACUCGGUCGGCGAUUCGGUAGGCGUCAAGUGCCGCAUCAAUUACCCUUCUCGAUGCCAGGCUAACGGCGUGAUGUACAACAACAAGUGCUACUACUUCUAUGAGACGCCCGAGGCAAGCAGAUUGCGACUGGUGUUGGACGUUGCGCGGCCAUGGCUGAUUUUAGAGCGUACGGUGAGACCGAAGAACACGUGGUUCAUCGGCGGUGAGAAGGUCAAUGGCGAGUGGAGAUGGAGAACCAACAAGGAGCUGAAAGGAUCGUCGUUUUCGAAAUGGAACAUCAGGGCGGUAUUUUCAAGGUCACAUGACUGUCUCGCCUUACUGCGCUUGAACAAGCUUGAUUCGAACUAUUUCUAUUGGACGGCGGUGAACUGUAGGCGAAGACUGCCGUACAUCUGCGAGACGAGCGCCGUAGACGUCGGUUGCGUUACCGGAAACGGUGUCGAUUACACGGGCAGCGCCAGUACUUCAGAAAGCGGCGCGACUUGCGUUCGAUGGGACUCGCCGCCGAUACUCCGCCUGACUCGCAAAUACGGAAAGACGCUGACCGAAAACUUCUGUCGCAACCCGGAUUCAUCGGCCAGACCGUGGUGCUUCGUGGGCAUUAAUCGCCGCCAGCCGUGCGACAUUCCCGACUGCAAGGUGUCCAGUUCGGUCGACAAGCGGCCGGCAGUUGCGUUCAAGGGAUGCGAGCCGACCGAGAUCCAGUGCGGCGACUUGCAUCUGUGCGUUUCGCAUCAGUUCGUGUGCGACUACGAAAAGGACUGUCCUAACAAUUUCGACGAGAAAAACUGCCCUAACUGGGUGGAACGGUUCACGGCGGCGGGAAAUCAGGUACUUACCAGUUACUCUGAAAUCUUGACCUUCAUUCCAAACGUGCAAAAUUGUGCGAAGCGUUGCUGGGAGUCGACCAGAUUCGAUUGCGCGUCGUUCAGCUACAAGGCCAAUGAAAAAACCUGUCUGCUGAGCAACGUGGACAGAAGCACCGGAGCCACGUUCGACCCGGAUGCCAUUGGCGAAUACUACGAAAAACUGAACGCCAAACCGGAGGCGCACGAGGACAAAUUCGACGUUCGACUGGUCGACGGUAAGUUCAAAUGGGAGGGCAAGAUCGAGGUGUUUCAUGGCGGCAAAUGGGGCUCGGUUUGCGACGACGGCUGGAACAUCAACGCAGCCAGCGUGGUUUGCCGUCAGCUCGGAUAUCCGCAGGCACUCAGGACUUGGAUUGGUCAACCAUCGGAGCCUGUGUACAUGAUGGACGACAUCAAAUGCACUGGAAAAGAACGCUAUCUCAACGAAUGUGCUUUCGGUGGCUGGAUGAAGAGCAACUGUGGACCGAACGAAGCAGCCGGAAUACAGUGUGCCCUGAAGGAGCAAAACUGUUAUCCAAAACAAUUCAAGUGUGAAAACGACCAUUGCAUCGACUUCAAGUGGAUCUGCGAUGGAGAGGACGACUGUGGAGACGCAUCGGAUGAAAUCGCGUCCAAGUGCAAUCAGUCGGCGCAAAUACGUUUGGCGGAUGGACCAAACCCAAAUACUGGCCGAGUUGAGGUGUACUUUUACGAUAUGUGGGGGACAGUAUGUGACAAGGGCUUUACGGUUAAAGAUGCAAAGGUCAUAUGUCGAAUGAUGGGCAAAGGUGGCAACCCGCAAGUGUUCCCUGGUGGUCAGUACCCUGGAGGAAACGGCCCAAUCUGGCUGACUGGCAUACGGUGCAACGGGGGCUGCGGACAGCGGUUCUUCGCUGAGAAUCCGAAGGAGCCGAACAAGGCGUACUUGGCUCGGGUGGUGGGCGGCUUUGAGGCAAAACACGGCGCCUAUCCCUGGACAGCGGCCAUUCAGCUGAAGCCCGAUCGGCAUCACUGUGGCGCUUCGAUCAUCACGCACUAUCACCUGGUUUGCGCCGCUCAUUGUUUCGAAAACGAGCCGGAUAUGAAUAUGUACAAGGUGAUCGUUGGCGACUGGGAUAGUCAAGCUCAAGACGGCACAGAACAGACGUUCGAUGUCGAAUACGUUUCCUUUGUUUCCGGAUACCAAAAUAUACUCAAAAACGACAUUUCGGUGGUCAAACUUAAACCAAAGGACGGACAUGGAAUAGAGUUUACGAAAUAUGUCCAGCCGAUAUGCCUGCCAGACAAAAGCGUCGAAUACACGCCCGGAAUGAAGUGCCUCAUAGAUGGCUGGGGCACAAUGGGAAGAGAAUAUCCAAGAAGGCUUCAGGCGGCAACGAUACCCAUUUUGGAUGAUAAAACGUGCCGAGCUCCGGACGUCUACGGAAAGAUAAUGAGCGACACGGCGAUCUGUGCCGGUUACAUGGAAGGCCACGUCGAUUCAUGCCAAGGCGACUCUGGAGGCCCACUGGCGUGCUUAAUCAACGGAAGGUAUACCUUGAUGGGGGUAAUCAGCUGGGGGGACGGAUGCGGAAACAGGAAUCGACCCGGUGUUUACACGAAAGUAAAAGACUUCGUCGAAUGGAUUCAAAAUCAACUUAUGUGA